AAAUUAAUUUAGAUCAAUAGGCAAAUGUUCAAAUAUGUUGUAUUUAAUUUGUGCUGUUGUCAUUAUUUUACCCGUUGAAGUUAUCGUCCAAUUUCCAAAUGUCUUUACUCCAAAAUAAACUGAAAACGAAGUGACUAUCGCAGCUAAAUCCAUGUUAAAAUUCUGCAUAUAUUAAAAUGGAUCGUUUUAUUUGGUCUAAUCGUGGAAUUGAAGCUGGAGAAACGAAGUUAUUUAGCCAAGUUGGCGUCCGAAUUUACGAUGGCGAUCAAAAAACGAGCUAUGAUGACGGCAACAUUAACCUCACUUCACAUAAACUAACAUGGAUAGACAGCAGUAAUUCACAAGUCUGUAUUUCUUUACAUCUGAGUCUUGCCGUGUUCUGUGAAAGGCACGCAGGGGGGAUCGGGAAAAGUGCGAAAGUAUCCUUACACUUGCAAGCUGUGCCCACCAACAAACCCCCCGGCCCUGUAGCCCGUAGUUCACAUGGGUUCGUAAGGUUUGCUUUCAAACAUGGUGGGGACGUCGAGUUUACUCAUAAGAUGCAACAAGCCAUACAUGCGAAAAACAGCAACCAGCAAUGGUGUAUGAAAAAUAAGACCUGUAUUGCCCCGCCAUGCCAGAUUAAACAAGUUACAUCAAUCUUUACUCUUUUAUUCCAGACCGUAAAGUUCAAAUCUUACUUAUUAAGCCUUGGUAUUCCCAACCCUGUGACCAAACAAACCCAUGGUUCCGGUACCCACUACCACCAACAACUAGCACAUGAGGUGUCCAAGUCAUUAGCUCCACAGAUUGAUAAAGCUGGUGGGAUGAUCCUACUCACAGAUGCUUACUGUAGGAUCAAUAGAGCUCGUGGUAUGGAGCUUCUAUCACCUGAAGAUCUCCUCAACGCUUGUCGUAUGCUUACCCACCUCAACCUGUCAAUCAAACUCCGUCAGUUCGACACAGGGGUGAUGGUUCUACAAUCAGACUCGCAUAGUGAUGAGAAAGUAACUCAGCAAACCACUCAACUGGUAACCGACAGUACGAGCCUUAGUUCCGAGGAGCUUGCAUCUAUCGUAGAUAUCUCCGUCCUCCUCGCUAAAGAACGUCUUCUUCUCUCGGAAACAUCCGGACUCCUAUGCAGAGAUGAUUCGGAUCAAGGACUUCGAUUUUUCCCUAACCUUUUCGCUUCAAAAGCUGCUUGAGGAAGUUUUCUAUUUUUUCUUUCUCCAACUUAAACUCUUUUCGAGGAAAAAAUACUUAUUUUCUUGCGAAUCUUUUGCUAUCUUAGUUUUGGAAAAAACUUUCUGGGCUCCUCUUUUUUGCUGGAAAUAUUUUCUUUGAACAUGCAAAUGUUACUUCUAGACAAAAAGGUACAAAUAUUCUGCACUUCCAAUAGAAAGCUUUUAUUUUUAUUUCUGACAUCACUGAAGAUUCCUAAGCAGAUUGGAAACAUCCGUUUCUGGGAGUUCCUCUUGCUUAAAAUGCUUUCUGAUGAAACAACUUUCUUGCAAGAAACAAAAAUGCUCCUUAUUUUUAUCCCACUCCUAAGCAUGUUGCUGCAUCUCUAUCUUACUUGGUGUUACGGCUACAACUUACUUUUCCAAUUCUCUGGUUUUCGAAUCAAGUCAAGUUAUUAAUCUAACAUACAAGCUUUUGACCUACAACUAUGAUGUUAAUGAUUGAUGUUAAAAAUUUGACUCAAGCUUCUGUUAUUACAGAUACCUAAACAUAUGUUUAUGGUAUUUAUGACGCUAUCUUUGUGCUUGCUGAGCAGUUUUUAUGUAAUACACAUAUAUAUGUGUAUAUAUAUAUGGUACUAUGGUAGUAAUUUUGAUUGUCAGCUAAGCUAUUCUGUUGUUAACCUUAUGCCCGUUGUCAAUUUGAAGUGCUAACGUCAUCACAAAUUACGUCACGGUUUGGUUUGUUGUAAUAAAGUGCAAUUACGUCAUAAGGAA